AUGCGCUAUGCGCGCCCCGAGUUUCUGGAUGAGAUUGCGGCGAGCACACCUCUACCAAUGGUCGUAGACGGCGAGCUGGGCAUGCCGCUCGACUUGUCGCAGUGGGACUGUCUGUGGGAGGAGAACGGGGAUGAUUCUGAACUAAACCCAGACCCAAGUUGUGUGUCGAAACUCGACCCUCUGGACCAGUUCCUCCUCGGAGACCCCGCGUCUACAUCGACCCCCUUCCUUGGCCCGUCUACCCCAGGUAUACCCACACCCUCUACUUCUAUGCCACAUGUGGCGUGGCUACGGAAGACGGAGUACCUCAGUCGAGAAAACGCUUCGCGCGCCUCGCUCUCGCAAGACAUCAAACAAAAUCAAGACCAUACAAUCGAUAUCUCGCGCGAUGCCCAAGUGCGCGACAUCGACGCGUCCUUUGCCGCGGUCGCGAACUCGGACCUCGCGUCCCUGCGGCAUCCCACCAAGCCCGAGCUCACCGCUGUCGAGGAGUUUGAGAUCUUCCCAGACGCAGAGAUCUGGGCGAACGCGUACGACCUCUUCCGCUUCUCCGAGCGGCCGGGAGACAGGCCAGUUGAUGUUGAUGACCCGCGUCUGGACUGUGCUGUAUUGCGCCCCAUGGAGGCAGACGGGGAUCAUUUCCUCGCGUAUUACCUCACGAAGGACGACGAAGACGCGCUCGAGUUCAAGCGCAAUCGACUCGCGCGCUCGCCGGACGACCCUCCCGAAGACGAGCCUACCCACUUCCACUUUGUGCGCGACUACGAGACUGUCAAGGUCGAGCAGGAGGUCCCGAACGAGUUCCUGCUCGUGCUCGACGACGGCAUGUCUGCCGAUCCGCCGCGCGCAAAGGGCGCGUACUACAAGAACAUCGAGCGCAAGAUGCUGCUCAAGAAGAAGCGCGUGAACACGUACGAGGCGUACGGCGACAAGUGGGACGUCGUGAAGCUCACGCACACGCCGAUGAGCGCGGAGGAGGCGCAGGAGCGCGAGGACGCACUCGCGGAGGUCGUCGACCCCAUGUUCCCGCUCGCACGUGGGGACGCGGAUGCGGACGCAGAGGGCGAGCUCGACGAUGCGGCCGUCGCCGCUGCGCACGGCCUGAACGGCGCGGCAAAUGGCGCGCGGCAUGAGAUCGUCGAUGCCGUCGAUGUGUUUGGGGAGGAGUAAGUGCGCGUGGGCGGGUCUCACCUGGCCUCUGUGUGAUCUAGGGGAUGUGUGUAUGUUUACCGUGUGGUUAUGUAGUGUGGUUAUGUAGUCUGCUUUCGAAGUUAUUCUAGCG